CACCGACCGGUUUUUCCUCGUACAUUCAGGAAAGAUUUACUAGAUGAGAUCAUGUCUUCUAAUUCUCAAUUUCCUGUGAGAAAAUACUUCUACAAGUUUCUGAAAAAGCAAACGGAACGGUUGGUUUUUGAAAACAGUAUACAAGAAAGCAGAGAUGGCACUGCAAAUUCUGAGAUAAAUCAGAAACAUUCUGAAAAUUGGAAGGAAACCAAGAGGAAAAGGAAAGAAACGGAAGAUCACAAAUCAAAAAGAAGAAAACAAAUUGAAGGUACAGAGACUGAAAUAAAAUCCAGAGUUUCCAGGAACCUUAUUUCUCCCGUAUCUGGAGAAAAACAAGCAGAGACAAGACAAGCCACGCAUUUGGGAAAAAACAAGACUCAGAACCCAGAUAUUAUGAUAGAAGACACUGAAUAUUUAUUAGAGCCAAAUGCACUUUCAGGUGUUGAAAAGGAAGACAUGCUCUGGACAGAAAAAUAUCAGCCUCAAGAUUCCAGUGAACUUGUAGGGAACAAGAAAGAAAUUGAAAGGCUACACAGUUGGUUAAAAGAAUGGAAAAAAAGAGCUGAGUGGGAAGAAAAAAGAAAUCAGAAAGGGGAAAAGGAGGACAAAGAGCAUGAAGAGUCUUUGGACAGCCUUGACUUUAAAGAUAAUAAAUCUAAUAUUGAGGAAGAGACUAGCCUUUGCAAUACAGUUCUCAUAACUGGCCCACCAGGAGUGGGGAAAACUGCUGCAGUAUAUGCUUGUGCUCAGGAGCUUGGUUUUAAGAUAUUUGAAGUCAAUGCCUCUUGCCAGCGUAGCGGUAGACAGAUACUGUCUCAACUAAAAGAAGCUACUCAGUCUCAUCAAGUGGACAAAAAAGGCAUUAAUGCACAUAAGCCUUGCUUUUUUAACAGUUGCAGCAGUGCCAAGUCACCAAAAAAAAUGUAUUCUCCAAAGAAAGUUAUUUCACCAAGAAAACCUCCAUUGUCACCAAAAGGAGCAGGAUUAAAACGAAGCUUGCCCCCUAAAACACUUGCAAACUAUUUCAAAAUUUCUUCCAAAUGUAAAGGUAAUGAUGGAGCUGUAACAUCUCAAGAAAAAAAUAAAGGAAAUACUCAGAAUUCACGUGAAGAAAAGAAAGAUGCUCAAAUUAAGUCAAUAAACAAAGAAGUAGAAGGAGGAGAACACAACAGAAAAAGUGCAACAUCUCUCAUUCUUUUUGAAGAGGUAGAUAUAAUAUUUGAUGAAGAUGCAGGAUUUCUAAGUGCAAUAAAGACAUUCAUGGCAACUGCAAAGAGACCUGUAAUUCUUACUACCAAUGAUCCAACAUUCAGCUUAAUGUUUGACGGCUAUUUUGAAGAGAUCAACUUUAGAACCCCUUCCUUGAUAAAUGCUGCUAGCUAUCUUCAAGUGCUGUGUCUGGCUGAGAAUCUACGAACAGAUGUAAAAGACUUAGCUGCUCUGUUAACCACUAAUAACUGUGAUAUCAGACAAAGUGUUCUCUACUUACAAUUUUGGGUUAGAAGUGGAGGUGGAUGCUUGAAAGACAAAAGUUUGGCACAUCAUGGAGGAGAUGAGACAAAUAAAGCAGAUCAUGUAAUUCAUUCUGAAAAGACUACUGAUUCCAAGAUUGAUUUUUCUCAAGCUGAUGCGUGUCUUCCGGAGUUUCCAAAAUGUGAUACAGGCUGUGUAGAGACAUUGCUUGGCCUUAAGAAUAUCCUGUUGCCUUCAGAAGAUCUGUUUACAUUUCUUAAGCACAAAAUCACAACCAUGGAGAAAUGGAAUAAAUUGAUGCAGCUUCUCACAGAAUUCCAGAUGAAGAAGGUGGAUUUUAUGUAUAGUAAUCUUGAACUUAUUCUUCCUUUACCAGUGCAAGUUCUUUCAAACCAAUCUGAAGCCUCUAACUCUAUACUUGAAAGGACUACCAUAUCUGUUUUUUCUUCGAAAAACAGAUCUACUAACAGUUACUGCUCUGGAAAAAGUAGUCCUGGAAAAAAGUCUAAAAAGACAAAGAACCAGAAAAGGCUUGAUACAUUGGAUGAUAGUGACUUAUUUGAUCCUGGACUGAACUAUUCAGCUGAAUUCAUAACUUUGCCAUCAGAUAGUCCUACAUCAUGUGCUGAAGUGAAUAAAGAGGAAUCAAAAUUGUUGAUGAAUAAAGAAGAAAAAGAAAUUAAAACUAAAACCUCAGCAAAUGAGAAAAGGUCUGCUCUUGUUUUUCAGUGUCUGAAUUCACUGACUGAAUUUGUGGAGCACAUGUCUUUCUUGGAUUGCUGUGUAAACACUAACACCAAGGAACCACUGGAGUUUUCUAAAGAUGAAGGAUUUAAUUGGACAAAUGGCAAAAUCAAAAAUGGUCUUUGUGAUGAAUUCAGUAUAGAAAAUACUGAUUGGUGGAGCUCCCAGAGCUGCAGUGAAAUAAAGGCAGCUAUUGAGGCGCUCAGUUUUAACAAAUGUUCUGUUGAUAUUUCACAAAACUUGGAAUCCUCUUUGAGUACCAGUAACACACCUGAAAGUGAUCAACUGGAGGGGCUUACUUUGCAUAUUUCAAACACAAGAAAUUAUGUAUCCUUCAGUCAGUCAGCUGAUUCAAGCAUUCACAAAAAAGCACAGAAGAGGCUGGCAGUCAUCAGAACAGUAUUUUCCAGAAGUCCUUUAAACCUGGGUAAUAAGCAAGCCAGCAUACUCGAAUACCUCCCCACUCUUCGCAGUAUCUGUAGGUCUGAGAAGCUUAAAGAGCAAGGGAAGACUAAAAGAAGGUUCUUGCAUUAUCUUGAAGGGAUUCAUCUUGAAAUACCCAGACAAAUGAUAAACGAUCUCUCUUUGGACUUCCCUUAGAAUUGCUAACACCAGAAAUACUUUGUGCCUAAUGGUGGUAUUCUCACCAUAGUUUGAUUUUUUUUUUUUUUAAUUAUUAUUAUUUUUACCACAUUAUUUUAUUGUAUAUUCAGAGCCAUUUGUAUAUUAAAUUUCUAUAAGUAUUUAAAAUAAUGUA